ACCGACAUACCCGUUUGAACAACAUAAACUUUUUCCCCAAUUUCUAAUAAAUUUGAGCGGAUGUCUCUAAUACCCUAAUAAUUUUGGAAUUUCAAUUUGAAAUUCUGUUUACAAUUGUGCUCUCGUCAUCUCCAGUGGAAUCAACACUUUUGCAGGUUGAGAGGUGGACGUUAAAAUAAAUUGAAAAUGAACAACUCUUCUGCAGGGCCAUCCUCAAAAGCUAGAGUAGGAGCAUCACAACCUUCAGAAAGUUCACUUAAGAGGAAACGUGGCAUGUUUCAGAAAGAUUUGCAACACAUGAUGUAUGGUUUUGGAGAUGAUAGCAAUCCACUUCCAGAAACUGUGUCACUUGUUGAAGACAUCGUGGUGGAUGAUGUCACUGAUAUGACUAUCUCUCCAGAAGAAGAUACAAUGGAGAAAAUACUAGCUAUGAUGACAAACCUUUGUCAAAAGGUGGAGAAGAUAGAAAACGAAGUACAAGUAUUAAUAGAAACAUUUAAAAACCAGCAGCAUGACGGAGCUAGAAGGUGACGUUGGGAAACACCUAAAAACCCAUAACAAAACAAUAUAUACAGCUGCAGGAAGCACAUCUACAGGAAGCACAUAUGCAGGAGGAACAUCUACAAAAAAAGAAGGUAAGAUGAAAUAUACAAACACAAAUGAACAAACUAUUCUCUAAACCAUACUCUCCACAAAAUACCCAAAAAGAUAUGUUCGUACCCCACAAAUAAAUACUUACAAAGCCAGUCUAGAUUCACAAAAACAAACAUAUAAUCACAUUAACAGAAUGUAUAUAGAAAAUAUAUACAAGAUACAAACUUUUCUAAACCUAAACCCUAGAGCAAAAGAUACCAAAAAUCCAAACGAAAAUUUUAUAUCACCCAAUACCUACAAGGAUACAACAAACUAAUAGCACAACCAGGAACAAAUCCAAAUCUAGUAGCAACUUGCUACAAUUACGGGCUAAUAAGCACAGUAUAUACUAUAACUGGAGACGAAGUAGCUAAAAUACCUGAGCUACAUGAGGCAUUUCUGCAAUAUAAAAGAAUAACUAAAGGAACUUUAUUUUAUAUAAAGUUCUACUCAGCAACAGCAGAAAUACUAUAUGAAGAAAUUAAACCUACAAUACAAGUUAUUAAGAUAGAUUUAACUAGAGAUAUGAUAAUACUAGAAAAAAUAGAUAUACAAGAAGAGAUACAGAAGGUGGAUAUCCCAGAUUUUUAUGCAAACAAAAGAACUAUUGGGAUAGCUACCAUAUUAAAUGAGUUAUCAAACACUACCUAAAUGAAAAUGCAAUUUGGAGUUAUUACAACAGAGAUCAAACAAUGAUAUACUCCAAUUGUAGAGAUAUAAGAGCAGCAGAUAUGGAAGAAGUACGACAAUGGAUAUUAAGUCUGCUGAAGCCAGAACAAACACCUACAACAAGAGCUAUCAGGAAAAAAUUCAUUUCUCCAAACUUGAUGACCAGAUACUGCAAACUAAUUGGACAAAAGUAUUCAGAUCAUCUAUGUACAAAAUGCGACGGAGAAGAUAACUAUAUUCCUGAAGUCCAGCUAGAAUGAAGACAUAUGUAAAGUAUGAAUAGUAGUGUCUGUAAAGUAUGAAUAGUAGUGUCGGCCAUAUUUAAAAAAGCAAAGGCCAGUAUAUAAAGAAGUAAAGUUGUAAAUAGUAUGUCGGCCAUAUAAAAAAUAAAGGCCAAUUAUGUGUGAAAGUAUUUUGUUUUCUUGUGUCGGCCGAAUAUAAAUAGGCCAGGUGUAAAGUGUUGUAUGUAAAGGAGUGUCGGCCAUUUGGCCAAAGUGUUGAGUUUUCUUGUAUAAAUAGAGGGCUUUCCCUCAUAAUAAAAUCAUCCCUUUCCUCUA